AUGGCCGCGCCCAAGUUCUGCAUCCUCGGCGGAGGCGUCGCGGCCUUGAGCUCCGCGCGGCUUCUGCAGCGGAGCCUGCCGCACGCGGAGGUGACAGUCGUGCACAGUGCGCCCUGCCUCCGCACUGCCAGAGGAGCCAAGAGGCAGAUCUUGGAGCAAGGCUUCCAGAACAGCAUCCUGGUGGACAAGCACGGACGGGAGGCGCUCGGCUUGCUAAAGCUGCUGCGACUCCAGGACGAGGUGGUCAGCGCCAACAUCGAGGCCUCGGCGCGGCGGCACCUGCUGCACCGCGGCAAAGUGCAGCUGGUGCCAGGGCCGCUGCACAUCCUGACGUACGGCUGGGCCUUCCUGGCUGAGCCCGUAUGGCCCCGAGCCCGCGAGGAGGACGAGAGCGUGGCCUCCUUCGUGUCGCGGCGCGGCUCCACCGCGGUGGCCCAGCGCCUGGCGGACCCCAUCUGCCGCGGUCAGCUGGCGGGAGACGCCACGGAGCUCUCGGUGAGGACGUGCUUCCCAAGACUUUGGCACAACGAGCAGCGCUUUGGUUCCGUUUUCCUUGGGGCGGCCUUGGACUCGGUGCUCUCCUACCGCCAGCGGAGCUGGAUGGCCUUGGACCUGCUGGACCGUAUCUUGCAAUUGGCCCGGUGCCAACGUCGACGGGUUUUGCGGGCGGCGCGAGAAGAUGACCAUGCCGUGGCGGUGAGAAAUUGGUUGCAAAAGCUGGUGAUCGGCAUGAACUUCUGCCCCUGGGCCAAGUCGGUGAACGAGGACAAUGGAAUCAAGGUCGUGACAAGUCUUGCCACAACGGAAGACGAAGUCCUGAGCGACUUGAAGCGAGAGGCCGCCUGGUUGCCGGUGGGUGAGGCGAAAACGAAGCCCACGACUACUUUGGUGGUGUGCCCUUACGUCGCGCCCUGGCAAGACUUUGCUCCUUUCGGCGACUUCUUCGGCGAGAAGUUGGAAAAUGGCGUGCUGCUUGAGGAUGAGUUCGGCGUGAAGUUGGUGGGUUUCCAUCCUCAGUACGAGGAAGAGCCAUUGCAUGGCUCAGUCCUGGACGUCGGGGAUGUGCUGACGCUGCCCUUGAAAGAUGAGCCGGAGCCAGUGACGGUGCUGGAUCCAGCGCCGGAUGCAGAUGGCGAGGCAUUCCUGGUCAGACGGCAAGAUGGAGGAGAAGAGAUGAUCAGCUACAAGCGGCUGACCGAGCUGCUGGCUGAAGAUGACUCGGGCCUACCCCCAGAGACUGCAGAAGAAGAAGAAGACGAGCUCGAGUCUGUGGAGGGCAUCGCGCAGCGCGCCCCGCGGCCCACCAUCCACUUGCUGCGGCUCUGCGAUUUGUCGAACGCGCUGGCGGAGGGAGUGGAAGUGGGCGACCGGGUCCUGGAGCAGAACGCGCUGUCCGCCCAGGAGCUGGGCUACGCCGGCUGGCAGAGGCUUAUGUCCCAGUGCGAGCCGGACCCCUUACUCCAACGGGUGGCCACGGGAGGUCGCAGCUACUCCUUCCGGGACGGCAUGAGCUCCUUGCUGCGCACGCUUGAGGAGCAGUUGCUCAUACCUGGUCCCGGUACGGUGCCGGCAGAAAUCAGGCGGAACUCGGCAGCUGAAAGGCUGGAGGCACCUGGUGAUGCACGAGCCCGUGUAUGGCUGCGUGAUGGCAGCUGCGUAGAGGCCGACUGUGUGAUUGCGGCCGUGCCACCUGCGGAUCUCAGCCAGGUGCUGCGGCAAAGUGGCUUCGAGCAAGACCGCAUGUGCCAGCUCCUCACGUCUGUUCGGCACAAGUCCGUGGGGGUGGUGAACCUGUGCUAUGAGAAGGAUGUGCUCAAGGAGCGGCGAUGGCGAGGCGCCGGAUAUUUCGUGGGCUCCUUGGAGCAAGAAGGGCCGCUGCUGGGCAUGUCCUGGGACUCGCAGCUCUUCCCUGACCACCGAGGAGCCUCCAGAGGAGCUUGCAUGACGCU